AUGCCCUCCCCCUCACCGUCGCCCUCGCCGCCCGGCUCCUCGUCGCUCGCAAUGCCAGCACCAAUAGAAGCGCACGGCCUCGGGCUGCUCAACACACUUGCCGAUUCGCCGUCGCCGCACCGCCCAGACCUCGAGUCAUCCUACUCGCGCCGCGGCCUGCUGCUGUGGAUCGUGCGCGUGCCGGAUUCCAAAGACAUGAUCCUAACGCCGCUCGCGCCCCCGCGGGGCGCACACUCGGCGACGGCGGCGGACAUUGCCGCGUGCAUGUACUACGUGCACAUGCACCACGACACCAGCGCCGCGAGCACGGGUGUGCGCGCCACGCUGAUCCGCCGUGUGCCCGCCACGGGCGAGCAGUGGAACGUGGCUGAUAUAUGUGAUCCCGAGGCCGCCGGCAGCGGCAGCACAGAGGAGGUCGUCCUGGAGAUGCUGGGUGGCGGGUAUCGGAGGCUCGCUGCUGCUGCUGCUGCAGGCGGGAGGGGAGGUGUGGGUGCUGGGGUGGGGGGUGGUAGUGCGAGUGCGGGAGGGCCGCUGGGGAAUAGGCCGGCGCCGCCGGCGAGCGGUGGGUCGAGGAUUGGAAGGAAACCGGUUCCGGGAGCAGCACAGCAGCUACCGCCACCACCGCCACCACCGCCACAGGAGCUCCCGCCGCUCGUCAGGACGAUGAAGAUUGAGGGAGAGGGCUUCUGGCACCGGCUCAAGAGCCGACGGAAGAAGAGCGAUGAGCGGAUUGACACGGCGGCUGGGGGCGUGCCCGGGCGGAAGAAGAAGAAGAAGAAGCGGGACUAUGUUUUCGACGGGCUGUGGGUUGACGGGGUGCGGGGGGCCGGGAAGUAUCUGAAGUGUAAAUACUACCCCGCCGCACCCCCCGCAGCAUCUGCCUACCACCCGCCGCCAGAACCGGAAAAGUCCACGCUGCUCUCCGUGAUAGAGUUUAAACUCGGCACGUUCAACCAGCACAAACGGACCGUCUCCAGCUCCUCCGCCUCCCAUAACCACCACCACAUCCAUAGGGACAAGCAAAAGGCGAAGAUGGGAAUGCUGAUCGUCCACGGUCCCGGACAGGAGAUGCUGGACCUGCUAGUGGCGGCGAAUAUGGCCGCGUUCAUGAAGCGAUGGGAGGGAUGGGCUCGGGAAAGGAAUGCCCUUGGGGGGUUUUAGGGAGGUGAUAUAAUGUGGGGAGGGGAGGGGGAGUUCUGAGAUGGAUGGAUGGAUGGAUGGAUGGAUGGAUGGAUGGAUGGAUGGAUGGAUGGAUGGAAGGAUGGGAUUUACGUGCUACAUAUACCCUUGAUUGACAUGCUUUGCUUCUUGUUCCUUGGUUUUAUUUUCUGGACAUGUGUAGUUACGCACUACCUACCUACCUAACCUACAUAAUCUGUUACAUGUACCUACAAUACAAAGGGGGCAUGUGACUGGUUACAACUUAACGAGAUACGAUCUCGCGAUGCGCUGCGUGCAAAGUCCCGAGAUUAUGCACAAGCACAAGGUUGACGUCGAGGUCGGAGUCGGGGUCGAGGUC